CAUCCGGGCAACUGAGCUACAUACGGGUUCUUCGAGCCAUAGCAACCAGACUGGCGUUGAAAACAAACCGUUGCCAUUACUCUUUAACCUGUCGACCUACGCUGGUUAAACCCGUCAUUCUGCCUCCAAAAUGCCGAAAAACUGUGUUGUUUUUGGUUGUGCUAACCACAACUGGAAACAGGUAAAACAAAGGUUGUAUUUUGUUCUGCCAAAGCGUGAUAAAAGCCCACAGAGACGAGACAAAUGGCUCGCAGCUUUACACCGGGAAAACGAGGACGGUUCUCACUGGAAUCCCCCAAAGUCCCGGGUCGUGUGUUCGGAUCACUUCGUUUCUGGAGCCCAGCACGCAGUUCUUCUUCCACCUCAGCAGCGGGCAGAGCUGCGGUGGGCGGGGCCGCAGCAGGAAGAGGCCGGACUGGGACGGAGGACCGGGACACAAACACCCUCGCAGGCACCCUCUUCCGCCUGGUUCUGCCUGGCCAGCCCUCAGGUGGAGAAACACCUGGUGGUCAGCAUCGGAACACAUUGCUACUUAGCGCUGGCUGACCUCGGUCACGUGUUGGUCCUGCCCAUCGGCCACUACCAGUCCGUGGUGGACUUGGCCUCGGAGGUCCUGGCGGAGAUGGACAAAUACAAGGCGGCCCUCAGGAGCUUCUACAAAAGUUGAGGGGAGCGCUGCGUGCUCUUUGAGAGGAACUACAGGAGCCAGCACCUGCAGCUUCAGGUGGUCCCAGUCCCACUGAGGACAUCAAGGAGGCCUUCAUGGUCCAGGCUCAGGAGCAGCAGAUGGAGCUUCCACAACACAGCGACCUCAAACAGAUCGCUCCGCCCGGGACGCCGUACUUUUACGUGGAGCUGGAUUCGGGCGAGAAGCUCUCCUACCGCAUCCACAAACAUUUCCCGCUGCAGUUUGGGAGGUUCUGGCCAGCGAGGCGCUGCUGAACAUCCCCACGAAAGCCGCGAGGAAGAGGCGUGCGCGCGGCUACGAGACCAAUUCCAACCGUACGACUUUGCCCUUGAGGACUGAUCUUUAUUUUGAAAUGAUCAUUUUGUAAAUAAAAAACAAAACCAGUCUUUGUUGAUUUAUUAAGCAUUUUACAAACAAGUUUUAAAAGAAGACUAAACAUCAACGUUAGCGACAUAAAACGGGCUAAAUAUUAGCAUCUUUGACGUCGUUAGCGCUCAAAACUAAA